AUGUAUGAUGAGGACUCGCUGUCACUGGUGGACCACACCUACGCCACAUCGAUCGAUGGCAGCAUACCAAUCGACAGCAGCAGCCACACAGGCUUAAACAACAGCGGCAGUAAUAGUAAUAGUAGUAACAGUAACAGUAAUAGUAAUAAUAAUAGUAAUAAUAAUAUAAAUGGAAGUGGUAGUGUACAUAAUGAUGCCAACUACUCAUCAUCGCCAACAUCACCAUUGUCUGUUGCCAAUGUAAUAGUAGGUGGCGUUGGCGUUGGCGUUGGUGGUGGCGGUGGGGGUGUUGGUGGUGGUCAGCAACAGCCACUACACUUUGUCCAUCACCUCCAGCAACAACAACAACAACAGCAUCAACUACAACAUACACAUCUUGUUGGAUAUUACCCUGGCUCAGUCUCACCUCAACAGCAGCAUCCCUCACAAUAUGAUGCCUUCCCUUUCAUCGAACACAUGUCCAGCCCACAGCUACUGUAUCAGCAGCACCAACAGCAACAUCAACAGCAACAUCAGAUGAUGAUCAAUCCACAGACGUCAUUCACAAAUUAUGGCAACGCGACUAUGACACCAGCCCAGCUGCAACAGCAACAACUGCAGCAACAGCAGCAGGGCAGAUCAAUGGGCCUCCAACAACAACAAGUGUCAUCACUGGCAUCAUCGUCCAAGACCACACCUCUGACAUCGUCUGCACCAUCAUCACCUGCACUCACCUCAAUGUCUUCGUCUUCAUCGGCCGCAUCGACACCAUCCAACAACAACAACAAUGCCAUCUUCUACCAAAGUAUCCCCGCCACGUACGCUGUAAAUAUCCCAACAACGACUCAUACAUACCCAAUGACAACGCAUGCGCCAUCGUCGUCCGUCAUCAACAUCAACGCUCAUGGCAGUCCCCUAGUAGUCUCAACCUCCCUGCCUGUACUCAAUGGUGAGGUCAUCAUGACCAACUCAUCACAAAUGCUCGCUGGCUCUGCCAACAAUCUCUCAUCAUCCGUGCCCACUUCAGCAGGAUCAUUCCUCGACAACCUUAAUCUUUCCUCAUCGCCCAACGUCUCGCCAACUGGCUCCAAGAAGUCAGUCACAAAGCAAAGAAGGAAGCCAACAACAAAGAAGGACGCAUCCUCUGAGAAUGUAUUCAACAACAAUGGUAAUGGUAACGGCAACGCUGAGACAGAUGGUGGCGCAACCACAAGUCAGUCGUUGCGAGGCUACAAGAAGUCCAACAGCUAUCCAAACUUGAAGAGACAGACGUCUGCUGGCGAGUUGUCCGAUAGGGGCUCAGGCGGUUUCAUGCCGCCAGGCACUGGGGGCAACAUCGAGACGGACCCACAAUCAUUGAAUGCUUCGGACUCGUCAUUCACCAGCACUCUGUCCGACAGCAACAAUACCAACAUCACACCCAACGACAGCUUUGACGAUGGCUCUUCCACCACGACGGUGACGCCCUCGCGCAAGAAGAACAAGAACCUGCAUUUGAACAUCUCGGACAGCUCAACGAUGAAACCGACCGUUCCACACUCGAUGCUGACGCCCAGCCUCUCAGGCCUGUCACUGUCGGGUGGCUGUUUCUCACCGCUCAUGACACCCGUCUCCCCCGUCCACAUGCCCAACUUCUCACUCAACCAGUCCAGCUCGUCGCUGGUGGCCUCCACCCUGUCCAAGAUUGACAUUCGCGACUCUGUCGAGUCGAUCAUGAGUCCAAUCUUCCAGUCGUGGCCCUCGUUCAAUGUUCAGGCCGACUUUGCCCGUCGCAUCCGCGAGACGUUCAUCCCGGCCGAGUAUCUCAACGAUGGGACCUCGACGCCACGCAUGCCCCAGCUCGAGGACUGUCUCAAGAUGCUGCUCUGUGUCAUCCAGCCUUUUGACGAUGGUUUGAGGAAGCAGAUCGCCUCCUCCUUUGUCGACUUGGCCAGCGAUUGGCGCGACUACCUAGACAAGAGCAUCUGCGUGACAGAGGCCAUGUUCCGCGAGAAGUUGGCCAGCUUCAACGUGUUCCGCAUGGCCAUGCUGACCGACCCCAUGAACGCCAACAUCCCCACGCCCACCAUCCCAAUGAUGCAGCAGGCCAGCGCACAGCAGGCGGCCAUCGAGCACCAGGCGAGCAUGAUGGGUGGUAGUGGCGGCCUCAUGGGCUCGCAACUCUCCAGCAACGAUCUCUACGGAUCACCUGCACUAUCAUAUGUACAUCCCUCAUCACCAUCCUUUGCACCACUGUCUGGCUCAUUGGACAUGUCUCCGGACUUGACCACACCACUGUCCCCCGGCUACAUGGAGUUUGCCGAGCACCUGACCUACAAGAACCCUCUCUCCUACACAACAUCAUUCACUGGCUUCUCCAUACCGGUGGCUCCACCAAUGAACUCGACAUCGAUGGACAAGCAGAUCGCUUCAGCAGCAACAUCAUCAGUAGUACCAGCAUCACCAAAGAUCACACCAAAGCGAACGUUGGAUAUGAUACAGGGACAAGGGCAGUCGAACAACAAGGGGGAUGGAGUAAUGUCACCUGAUGUCGUUGGAAUGGAUGCACAACAGCUUCAUUACCAAGGUCUCCAACAGAAACUACAUCAACAACAACAACUACACCUACUCUCCGUCCACCAGCAAAUGUUACAACAACAACAACAACAUCACCAACAACAACAACACCAACAGCACCAACAACAAAUCAAACCGAUGUAUAAUAGCGAAGCAACCUCCACCAUCAUCUCCAACCAUCAACAACAACAACAUCAACAACAACAACAACAUCAACAUCAACAACUACUACAACAACAAUACUACUACAACAACACGAACAACUAUGCACUCUCGCAUAACUCUCUCGCAACGGCCAUGUCAGGCCAUCAACAACAACAGCAUCCAACAACCAUUCAACGACAUAACAGCGCACCAACCAUCAUCUCUUCCAACUCCAUUCCACUUGUAUACAACCAACCUAUUUUUUCUCCAACUCUACAAUCGCAACAGCAACAACAACAACAUCAACAACCUCCUCCACAACAACAACUUGUCCAACCUCAACAGCAACAGCAACAGCCACAGCCACAGCCACAGCAGUCGCAGCCCCAGCAACAGCAGCAGGCCACAAAGGUCAAGAAGGAGAAGUCCAAAAAGAAGGUCACUUAG